AUGAACAGCAUUAAAUUACUUGUUAUUUUGAAAUUUGUUUUAUUGUCUCUUUUAGCAAAACCCCAAUGUACAUGGACAAGGUUUUAUGAUCGAGAUAAUCCAUCAGCAAGUGGUGAUUGGGAAGAUCUUUCUACUUUAAGAAAAGAAAAUAAAGGUGAAAUCUGUGAAAAACCAGUUGAUAUUGAAGCUCGACUGACUGAUGGUAGACCAUAUACAGCAGGUGGUGAUAUUAUUACAUUAUCUGCUAGUGUUGGUCUAAUCUGUAAAAAUAAUCAACAAACUAGUGGAAAUAGAUGUGAUGAUUAUAAAGUUAGAUUCUGCUGUCCAAAAGGUUAG